AUGGCGCACCGUCGGUCAUCCGCAGGUUGGAGACACCUGCCGGCCAUCAUCAGCGCCCUUACGGUACCAUGGAUGGCACCACUAGCCGCUGCCGACAAGGCGGCCGGCGACUACUUUGUCCAUUCACUCCCUGGUGCCCCCGAGGGACCCCUGGUGAAGAUGCACGCUGGGCACAUCGAGAUCACGCCCGAACACAACGGCAACAUCUUCUUCUGGCAUUUUCAGAAUAAGCACAUUGCGAAUAAGCAGCGGACAGUCAUAUGGUUGAAUGGCGGGCCGGGAUGCAGCUCUGAAGAUGGCGCGUUGAUGGAAAUCGGCCCAUACCGGGUGAAGGAUGACAACACCCUCGUAUACAACGACGGCGCCUGGAAUGAGUUUGCCAACGUUCUGUUUGUCGAUAACCCCGUCGGCACCGGUUAUAGCUACGUCAACACCAACGCCUUUGUUCACGAGCUCGACGACAUGGCUGAGCAAUUUGUCACCUUCUUGGAGAAGUGGUAUGCAUUGUUCCCAGAAUAUGAGCACGAUGAUCUUUACAUUGCCGGGGAGUCGUACGCCGGCCAGCAUAUCCCUUACAUCGCGAAGCACAUUCUUGCUCGGAAUAAGCUCCCGACUACCAAGCACAAGUGGAACCUGAUGGGUCUCCUCAUCGGCAAUGGAUGGAUCUCACCUCCUGAGCAGUACGAAGCGUACCUUCAGUUCGCGUUCCAAAAGGGAUUAGUGCAGAAGGGGAGCGAUAUUGCAAACAAGCUCGAAGUCCAGCAGCGCCUUUGCCAAAAAGAGCUCGCGGUCAGCGAGGGCAUCGUCGACAACCCCGACUGCGAAAAGAUCCUCCAGGAUCUUCUACAGCUCACGUCUUCACGCAAUAAGGACAAUCGGCUCGAAUGCUACAACAUGUACGACGUGCGUCUCAAAGACGUCUACCCGUCCUGCGGCAUGAACUGGCCCCCGGACCUCAAGCAGGUCACCCCUUACCUCCGCCGCAAAGAAGUGGUCGAAGCCCUCCACGUCAACGCGAACAAGGCGACAGGCUGGGUCGAGUGCGACGGUUCGGUCAUUGCGAACUUCAAGCCGGUCAAAUCCAAACCUUCCAUUGAUCUGCUCCCCGACAUCCUGACCGAAGUUCCCAUCAUUCUCUUCUCCGGCUCUGAAGACCUCAUCUGCAACCACCUCGGCACUGAGGCCCUCAUCAGCAACAUGGCCUGGAACGGCGGCAAGGGGUUUGAGCUCUCCCCGGGCACCUGGGCGCCGCGGCGGGACUGGACCUUCGAGGGCGAGGCGGCCGGCUUCUGGCAGGAGGCGCGCAAUCUCACCUACGUGGUCUUUUAUAACAGCAGCCACAUGGUGCCCUUUGACCACCCGCGCCGGACGCGCGACAUGCUCGACCGCUUCAUGGGUGUCGACAUCAGCUCCAUCGGCGGCAAGCCCACCGACAGCAGGCUGGAUGGCGAGAAGGGCCCCGAGACGACCGUCGGCGGCGCCGCGGGCAACGGCACCGCGGAUCAGCAGGCCCAACAGGCCAAGCUGGACCAGGCCAAGUGGGAGGCCUACCAGCGUUCGGGGGAGAUCGUGCUCGUCAUCGUGGCCGUCGCCGCCGUGGCCUGGGGAUACUUCGUCUGGCGAGACCGGCGCAGAAGGCAGGGAUAUCAGGGCCUGGCCGGGGGAGAGAACGGGUCCGCUGCGGGGAGGAGGGACGCGGGUAACGGUGGUGCUAUCAUGAGUCAGCGCGCCCGGCGGGACAGGGAUCUGGAGGCGGGCGAUUUUGAUGAGACGCAAUUGGACUCGCUGCACGUGCGCUCGCCAACCGAGGAGGAACGGGAUGCGAGGUACAGCGUGGGCGGCGUGAGUGAUGAUAGUGAAGAUGAGGAGCAAAAGCAUGGAGGUGGGGAAAAGAAGGAGAGCGGAAAGGAUAAGGGGGGACACGAUGCGGGGAGUUCAUGA